UCCGCUGGCGCACGUUUAGAAGUUUGAAUGGUUUCACGUUGGUUUACGUGCGUGUGACAGCACUUUUUAGUCAUCGUCCCUCCACGAGCAAAAAAUGGAAGACGACGGGGAUCCGUCAAUGCAACGCUCUUUGGAGGAACCCGCUCCGCGGAAGCCAUCGAGCGCACGGAAGAGAAAAAUGUAUCUGUAUCCUGGAAUGCCGUACAAUGUUCCGAAUACUACGAAGCGCCGUCAAGAAAAGCAAAGCAGUGCUGCAGUAGCCGGUGUCAGUGACUGUCACCCACAACCCGCAAGUUCCGAUCAUACAGGCCAUGAUACACUAUCGGCGGCACCAACAACACCAUCGCAAAGUUCUUUGGAAGCAAGCGUUUCUGAUCUUUCCCCGGCUGUGUCUCUCUCCUCUGCGGAGACUCAUCAUUCAGACAUUUGCGGUACAGGGGACGAUAUCGUAUACACGGCAGGUACGAGCGGCCCUAGCGUGGGCAACGUUGACUUGGAUGUGCCUGGCAUCUCCUACGAUGGUGGUGAGUUCGAGGUACCGUCCGGUGAAACGCUGUUCUCAUUUGUCGACGACGGGAACGAUUUUGCAUCACGGUGCGCUGCACAUUUCGGUGACGAGAAGUUGCCGAAUUCGACAACAACGAUAGCCGCGGGUGUGGUGAUGAUAGCUGCUUUCGCGUUGUCCAAAAACCUUACAUGGACUGAUUUGGACGAGCUAUUGAAGCUCAUCAACAAACUGUUUGCGCAAGCAGCAGUACCUGGAAGCAAAUACCUUUUUCGAAAGCUCUGGGCCUCGCGAAUUAAGCCUGCAACUAAGAAUUACUACAUGUGCAAAGAGUGCGGAACGUUGCUCUCUACAACAGAUGCUGAGCUGGUGUGCAGCAGCUGUAACAAAAGCUGCAGUGUAAAAGAAGCGGAAAAGUCAGACAGUUAUUUCACUCUGAUGGACUUGAAAGAGCAAGUGAAACAUGUCAUAAAAAGAAACAAAUGUGACUUAAGUAACAACAUCGACCGCAUCGAAGCUUCCCCAACGGACUCUCCGAUAAGUGACGUUACAUCGGCAGGCAUUUACAAAAGCUUGCAGCAGAAUGGUGUUGUAAAGCCAGGUGACCUUACAUUGACUAUAAAUACUGAUGGUAGCCCUGUUUUCCAUUCGUCUCAGAGGUCCAUUUGGCCCAUACAAUUCACCGUCAAUGAACUGCCACCAAAAGCCAGGUUCCGUGCAACCACACUAGCUGGUUUAUGGUUUGGCAGGAAAAAGCCAGACAUGUCUCUCUUCAUGAAAGAGUUUGCAUUAGAGGCAAAUGCCAUUGGACUGAUCAACUGGACACAUAACAACAAGACGUACUGCUCUAGUGUGCACGUCAUUGGCUGCAGCGUUGACUCACCAGCCCGAGCUGCGGUCCAAAAUCAUGUUUUGUAUGCUGGCUAUUUUGGUUGCCCUUGGUGUGUGAUUCGAGGCCAAUACAUCGAUGGACAUGUUCGCUACAUUGCAUCUGAGGACGAGCGACCAGAAAUGCGCACAGCUGAACGCACAACUCGGAACGCAGAGAUUGCUGCACGACUGUCUGCCAGGGCUGGUCAUUGCGUCCCAGUUGAAGGUGUCAAGGGGCCGUCAUCACUCUCCUUACUUCCACAUUUUGAUCCAGUUUGGGGAUAUUCUGUAGACUACAUGCACUGUGCACUUUUAGGAGUGAGCAGGCAGUUUACAGAACUUCUCUUAUCAUCGUCAAGUUAUGACAAAAGGUUCUACAUUGGGAGUACUGCAAGUGUGGAGAGAAUAGACAAACGGCUUCUAAGCAUUUCACCUCCUCACUGCUUCACUCGGCUACCAAGGUCUGUGAGAGAGCGUUCCAACUGGAAGGCAAGUGAAUGGAAGAAUUGGAUUCUCUACUACUUCCUCCUAUGUACUGCUGAUAUACUUCCACUGCGAUACUGGAGGCACAUGUGCCAAUUUUCUGAGGCACUUCAUAUUCUCCUGUCAACUGAGUUGACUGAGAACAUGGUUAAAAAAGCAGACCAUCUUCUGUCAGAGUUUGUAUGUCACGUUCCAACCCUGUAUGGGGAGAGCAGCGUGACAUUUAAUGUACACCAACUGCAACACCUGGCUUCAACUGCUAGAAACCUUGGCCCACUUUGGGCAAAUUCAGCAUUUAGCUUCGAGAGUGGCAACGGACGUCUCCUGAAGCAGAUAACAGCAGCAAAAGGCGUGCCACACCAAGUGAUUGAACGAGUGAUCAUCUCCCAGGAUUUGCAUGAAGUGCUGUCAUCAGAACAGCUUCCUCCUGAUGCAUCCUCGUACUGUAAAGGCUUGUUGGGCUGUGAACCUAUCCAGAAUGCUGUGUCUGUGGGGAAUGUGUGUCUUCUAGGAAAAGGGAAAUUCGUUUCGACUUUCACAUCUCAUGAACAGACUGCUCUUGCAGAAGUUCUGGGUGAGUGCCCCACAAGUGCUCUUGAGUACAAACGCUUUAUAACUGGUGGGGAAGUAUUCCACACAGUGAGCUAUGCCGCAUCAAUGAGAAGAAACUGUUCCGCAAUAGUUUGCAGUGAUGAUGCAUCAUAUUGCAUCUUGCGGGUUCUUAAAGUGGCUUGUGAGGAACAUGAAAGAUGUGUACUGCUGUGCAAGCCAGUCAACGAAACUGAGAGUGUGCUACCACUGCCGCAGCAUAUUACAGAGUGCUUUCUUUCGCCCCUACGUGACAUGAAAUGUGUAAAUGCCAAUGAUAUAGUUUCUCCGUGCCUUUUCGUAAACUUCAAGCACGAAGAAGUGACAUAUUUGUGCCACCUCCCAAACACAAUUGAGAGAGACUAGCAUACGUUUUUACUUGGAUUGUGCUGUAAUAGAAGUCAUCAGGUGGCAGCUAUUUUUCUUCUUGUUUGGUGGGGGUGUCAGUAUGUAUAAUUUCGUAUAGUGACAGUAAGUUGUAUGACAGUUGCGACUGAAAGUGGCAGUGACUGUAGACAUAGUACUGUGUGCUGAAAAAUCUUUUGGAUAUUAAUAGCGGUAAAACCCCGUUGCUGAAGAGACGAGAUGGGACGGCACAAGCACACAGCACCAACUGGCAAGCAGUGUUUAUUGAAGACGACAGCUGCUCUUUUAACCAAGGCCAAGGAGUGUUCGCUAAUGCAAUUCCAGGAUCCUUGCUUUGGCAAAGUGCUGUCAUUUUUACCUGCUAUAAGCAUGGAAUGCAUACUAAAUGCACGGAAUAAAACCCCGGCACGGGGGUUUUGCCGCUUUUAAUGUAAAGAACCAAACUGCCCAAUUUCUUACCAGUCUUAUUCUUUACCAGCUGUCCAUCCGAGCGCACUUGUAAAUCUGGCUAAUAAUUAGAGCCUGAAGUUUCAGGGUUUAACCCGAUUCUUUCCAGAAUUUGCACCCCGAAUUAGCAUAAAUUUAGAGCGCACGUUUAUUUACCCUAUUUUUGCCUCCCGAAUUUAGAAAAAAAUAUUUCCCAAAAACUUCAGGCUCUACUUCAGAAAAAUUGCACAAUAUUGUGUUGAGAUUCUGGCCUGACAAGGCUGCCUAGCAGUACAUCAAUCAUAUUUCAAUCACAUUUCUUAUUUCGUUGCUUGACACCGUGUGACAUUGAUAGAGGUUCUUUACAUUAAAAAAUAUAUCGCACGCAAAUGUUGAAACCAGAGACUGAUGCCACUUCUUCUCAGUGUACA